CCCCUACGCGACGACCCGGAGGGAGGACGCCACUUGUGAACGGAGGCGCGGCGGUGCAGGACGGGUCCACAGACGCAGCGAGGAGAGACGGGCGCACAUCCGCCGACCAGCUGGAGGAACGCACGCCACACAAACAAACCUUAUGGCUGAGACAUAACGACACAAUCCCCCCCCCCCAACCCCCUCCCCUUUUUUCUCUGGGACCUUUUUUUGGGGGUCUUUUUUUGUUGUUUUCUCCCCAGUAUUCGUCCUGACCGGACGCCGCUGCGAGUCGAAUUAGUUGCCCCAAAGUUUGAGAGAAGCUGAGUCCACUGGCCGUGGACGUGUACGGCGGUCAUGGAUACCCGUAUAAGAUGGAAAGUUAAGCGGAGGAUAAGGGACGCGCAAAUCACUCUUGCGGUGAUUCUGCUUUUUGUCGCAUCGCAAGCAAGUUCAGUGGAACCAGCAGACCUCUUGAAGAUUUUAGAUUUUCCCAGUUUACCUGAGGGUGUUAUAAAAACGACAGGUUUCUGCUCACACCGGAGGUCAACACGAGGACCCGAUGUGGCUUACAGAGUAUCCAAAGACGCCCAGCUGAGCGCCCCCACCAAACAGCUGUAUCCAGGCGACGUGUUCCCGGAGGACUUUUCCAUCCUGGCCACGGUGAAGCCGAACAAGGGCAGCCAGUCCUUCCUGUUGUCCCUGUACAACGAGCAGGGCAUCCAGCAGCUGGGCCUGGAGGUGGGCCGCUCUCCGGUGUUCCUGUACGAGGACCACACGGGCCGGCCCGGCCCCGAGGACUACCCCCUCUUCAGAGGAGUCAACCUGGCGGACGGAAAAUGGCAUCGAGUGGCAAUCAGUGUGCACAAGCAGACCAUCACCCUCAUUCUGGACUGUAAAAAGAAGGCCAGCCAGAAGCUGCUGCGGAGCCCCCACCCCAUCAUCGAUACCAAGGGAAUUGUAGUAUUUGGAACCAGGAUACUGGAUGAAGAAGUCUUUGAGGGAGACAUCCAGCAGCUAAUGAUUGUAGGAGACCACCGUGCCGCCUAUGACUACUGUGAGCACUACAGCCCUGAUUGUGAAGUGCCCGUGCCCGACCAGCCUCAGAACCAGGACCCCAACACGGAUGAAUACAACACAGAGGAGGACAGCUACUAUUAUGAAUACCCUUACUAUGAGGACGUGGACGCCAAGGUUUUGGAUUCAACAUCUGUUGCCGAGACCGCCACAGAAGAACCCAAGGUGACUGAUGCAGACAGCGCCGAUACCACAUGGGAGGAGGUUGUGAGGGGCUCCGGCGCCAUCGGCGGCAAAGUGUUAACCAGCUCAUCCGGCUCGUCCUCCGGCUCGUCCUCCAGCUCCUCAUCCAGCAGCUCAUCCAGCAGCUCCUCCAGCAGCUCCACCAGCAGCUCCUCGGGCACCGGCGGCGGAGACGCCUACGGAGAGGAGACCGGCCCCGACGACAGCUACGGCUACUACGACAACUUCUACGACGAGACCACGCCGUCGCCCAAAAGCGACGACUCCCGCCACAUCACCAUCAGCGGCUCCGCGGGCGAGGUGGACCUGGGCCUGGGGGCCGGCGGGAAGAUUGAUCUGGGCACAGGGAUCGAACUCCAGAGAACGGUCACCACCGGCGGAGGAGGAUCUUCCAUGACCGUCACCACCAACUUGACAUCGGGAGGUUCCUACGACUACGGCGAAGGGUACGAUUAUGACUUGGAGGACAAAUACAACGCCGGUGCGGGCGGCGGCAGCAGCAGCACGGUCCACAUCGGAGGCGGAGGAGGCAGCAGUUCGGUCAGCGGAGGUGGCGGCGGCAGCAGCAGCAGCACGAUCCACCUCGGAGGCGGCGGCGGCAGCAGCAGCAGCACGAUCCACCUCGGAGGCGGCGGCGGCAGCAGCAGCAGCAGUACGAUCCACCUCGGAGGCGGAGGAGGCAGCAGCAGUUCCGUUCAUGUCAGCGGUGGCGGAGGAGGAGGCAGCAGCAGCAGCAGCAGCACAGUCCACCUCGGAGGUGGAGGCAGCAGCAGCAGUUCCACCAUCACCAUCGGGGGCGGCUCUGCGUCAGCAGGAGGUGGUUCCGUCUCCGGAGGCGGAGCGGCCAGCGCCGGAGCCGGAGCGGCGGGCUCCGUCGCCACCGGACAGGGCCAGGGCGUGGAGGGCGACGGCGACUACUCGGACCUGGAAGACGGGUUCAAGGAGGAGGACCUCACCGACUACAGCGACCUCGACCUCUACGACUCCUAUGGAGAUUACGGCGACAAAGACGUCAAAGUCCUGCCUGCCGAGACCGAUCAGCGCUAUGAACAGGUCAACGGAGCUCGUGGCGAGAAGGGACAGAAGGGAGAGCCUGCUGUUAUUGAGCCCGGGAUGUUGGUGGAGGGUCCGCCUGGGCCUGAAGGGCCAACAGGUCUCCCCGGACCCCCAGGUUCUUCCGGCCCACCAGGCAGUCCAGGAGAUUCUGGAGAGAGGGGUCUCCCGGGUCGCUCUGGUCUUCCCGGUGCUGACGGAAUGCCAGGAAGCCCUGGAACUGUGCUGAUGCUACCUUUCAGAUUCAGCGCUGGAGGCGACUCUGGUCAGAAGGGACCUGCUGUAUCAGCGCAGGAGGCCCAGAUGCAAGCCAUCAUGCAGCAGGCCAGGCUGGCCAUGCGCGGCCCCACAGGGCCGAUGGGUUUGACCGGACGAUCCGGCCCUCUGGGUCCUCCCGGUGGAUCGGGACUGAAGGGAGAGUCUGGAGAGGCAGGUCCUCAGGGACCACGUGGACCUUUGGGCAGCUCGGGACCCCCCGGAAAGCCUGGCAGACGGGGUCGCUCCGGAGCCGACGGGGCCCGGGGCAUGCCGGGGCAGUCUGGACCCAAGGGGGACCGGGGGUUCGAUGGACUCUCCGGACUUCCCGGUGAAAAAGGACACAGAGGUGAAUCGGGCCCGUCUGGACCUCCUGGCAGUCCCGGAGAGGAUGGAGAAAGGGGAGACGACGGGGAGAUCGGACCCAGGGGACUUCCCGGUGAAUCAGGGCCCCGUGGUUUGCUUGGACCAAAAGGACCUCAGGGACCUCCAGGACCCCCUGGCGUAACCGGGAUGGAUGGCCACUCUGGACCCAAAGGAAACAUAGGACCUCAAGGAGAGCCGGGACCUCCCGGGCAGCAAGGCAACCCGGGUACCCAGGGACUUGCAGGGCCCCAAGGAGCCAUCGGGCCGCCAGGAGACAAGGGUCCGACGGGGAAGCCGGGCUUGCCAGGAAUGCCGGGAGCUGAUGGUCCACCGGGUCACCCCGGAAAGGAGGGACCUUCCGGAGAGAAAGGACACUUGGGCCCCGCUGGCCCUCAAGGGCCCAUUGGUUACCCUGGACCCCGAGGCGUGAAGGGAGCGGACGGCGUGCGCGGUCUUAAAGGACACAAGGGCGAAAAGGGAGAAGAUGGCUUCCCCGGCUUCAAGGGAGACAUGGGUCUCAAGGGCGACAGGGGAGAGCUUGGACCUGCAGGACCCAGAGGAGAGGACGGUCCCGAGGGACCAAAGGGUCGCUCGGGGCUCCCGGGAGACGCCGGCCCUCUGGGAACAAGCGGUGAGAAGGGCAAACUCGGCGUGCCCGGGUUGCCAGGAUACCCCGGGAGACAAGGCCCCAAGGGAUCUCAAGGUUUCCAAGGUUUCCCAGGCGCCAAUGGAGAGAAAGGAACUCGGGGAACAGCGGGGAAGGCCGGCCCACGCGGACAGAGGGGGCCGACGGGCCCUCGAGGAGAGAGGGGACCGAGAGGACCGACGGGGAAAGCCGGACCAAAGGGUACCUCGGGAAAUGACGGCCCGCCAGGACCGCCCGGGGAGAGGGGUCUGCCAGGGCCUCAGGGACCAACGGGUUUCCCUGGACCAAAGGGACCUCCUGGACCUUCAGGGAAAGACGGACUGCCUGGACAUCCCGGACAGAGAGGAGAGACUGGAUUCCAAGGCAAGACCGGCCCCCCUGGCCCUCCCGGCGUGGUUGGACCUCAGGGAUCAAACGGCGAGACUGGACCAAUGGGGGAUCGAGGUCACCCUGGACCCCCGGGCCCGCCUGGUGAGCAGGGUCUUCCAGGAGCUACAGGGAAAGAAGGAGCCAAGGGUGACCCAGGUCCUGCUGGCCCGGCAGGUAAGGAUGGCCCUCCGGGCCCAAGAGGAUUCGCGGGAGAGAGAGGUCUUCCUGGCCCCGUGGGGGCUCACGGCUUGAAAGGGAGCGAAGGACCUCACGGACCACCUGGCCCUGCUGGUUCUCCUGGUGAGCGCGGUCCUGCUGGCUCAGCCGGACCUACAGGUCUCCCUGGACGUCCUGGCCCCCAGGGACCCCCGGGUCCUUCUGGAGAGAAAGGUGGACCGGGAGAGAAAGGACCUCAAGGCCCAGCUGGAAGAGACGGUAUUCAGGGACCUGUGGGUCUGCCAGGACCUGGAGGACCUCCUGGACCACCUGGGGAGGACGGAGACAAGGGAGAGCUUGGAGAGUCGGGCCAGAAAGGAGGCAAGGGUGACAAAGGAGAGCACGGUCCACCUGGUCCCACCGGCCCUCAAGGGCCUGUUGGAGCACCCGGUCCUGCUGGCGCAGAUGGAGAGCCCGGUCCCAGAGGUCAGCAGGGCCUGUUCGGCCAGAAGGGAGAUGAAGGGUCAAGGGGAUUCCCGGGACCUCCAGGUCCAGUCGGGCUGCAGGGCUUGCCCGGACCGCCUGGAGAGAAAGGUGAAACCGGCGACGUUGGUCAAAUGGGUCCCCCCGGCCCCCCUGGUCCCAGAGGCCCCUCAGGACCCCCCGGAGCCGAUGGCCCUCAGGGACCUCCUGGCGGUAUCGGAAACCCGGGUUCUGUUGGAGAAAAGGGAGAUUCUGGUGAAACAGGAGAGCCAGGUCUUCAGGGAGAACUCGGCCCACCAGGUCCUAGAGGAGAACGAGGAGAAAAGGGAGAGUCCGGUCCGGCUGGCACAGCUGGACCUCCUGGCCCUAAAGGUCCCCCUGGAGAUGACGGUCCCAAAGGCAGCCCAGGUCCAAGUGGUUUCCCCGGUGACCCUGGUCCCCCUGGAGAGCCCGGUCCCGCUGGGUUGGACGGUCCCGCCGGUGACAAGGGAGACGAUGGAGAGGCUGGUCAAGCUGGUUCUCCUGGACCCACCGGAGAGUCGGGUCCCUCCGGACCACCUGGGAAGAGAGGCCCCCCUGGAGUCUCAGGACCCGAGGGAAGACAAGGAGAGAAGGGAAACAAGGGAGAGACCGGCUUGGAAGGUGCCCAAGGAAAAACAGGUCCUGUUGGUCCCCAAGGAUCACCUGGCAAGCCCGGUUCUGAAGGCCUCAGGGGCAUCCCUGGCCCAGUUGGAGAGCAAGGUCUUCCUGGUUCCCCGGGCCCAGAUGGACCACCCGGACCGAUGGGUCCUCCCGGAUUACCCGGCAUGAAAGGAGACUCUGGCGUCAAAGGAGAAAAGGGCCAUCCGGGUCUCAUUGGUCUCAUCGGGCCUCCCGGUGAACAGGGAGAAAAGGGUGACAGAGGUCUUCCUGGUCCGCCGGGAUCACACGGUUCCAAAGGAGACAAUGGUAUUUCAGGUCCUUCAGGGCCACUUGGUCCCCUUGGUCCUCCCGGAUUACCCGGUCCCGCUGGUCCCAAAGGAGCCAAAGGGUCGUCGGGUCAAACUGGACCGAAGGGAGAGACCGGUACCACCGGACCCCCGGGGCCCCCUGGCCCCCCCGGCGAUGUCAUCCACCCGCUCCCCAUGAUGAAUUCCAUGAAGGGCAGAACUCGCAGGAACAUCGAUGCCAGCCAGAUGUCGGACGACGCCGGCGCGGACGCCAACUACAAGGACUACGACGACGGCAUGGAGGAAAUCUUUGGCUCGCUCAACUCCCUCAAGCUGGAGAUCGAGCAGAUGAAGCACCCGCUGGGCACGCAGAACAACCCCGCCCGCACCUGCAAAGACCUGCAGCUCUGCCACCCCGACUUCCCCGACGGUGACUACUGGAUCGAUCCGAACCAGGGAUGCUCUCGGGACUCCUUCAAGGUUUACUGCAACUUCACAGCAGGUGGAGAGAGCUGCAUCUUCCCAGAUAAGAAGUCAGAAGGGGCCAGGCUCACAUCCUGGGCAAAGGAGAAUCCCGGCUCAUGGUUCAGUGAAUUCAAACGUGGUAAACUGGUAAGCCACACUCACACACAAGUCCUUUUCCCUUCCCUGAACGCCUCUUAUAUUUUACAGAGCAAAAUGGCAAAAUGGCCCAAAGACUCGCCAGGCACAUGGUAUAGUCACUACAAGAGAGGUUCUGUGGUAAGUGGCCCGGCCCGCGGUCACAGGCUCCUGGCUCAGGCCGGGACUCUGUGCGCCGGGGGGCUCUGCAUGGUUCUGGUUUCGUCAUCUUCACGCCCUGUCAGACCGUGACUUUGUUCGCCGCGCAUGAUCUUCCCGCACGGGCCCGCACUCCCCUUUCGGCCCAACGACAGCCGCGGCGAUGCUCUCGCGAGGCGAUGGGGGGGGCCGAGGUUUGUGGAGCACGACGUCUGAUGGAGCAAACGAUGCACCGCUGCUCCGCUCCACACCUCUGCUACAUCCACAGAGCAUCUCCUGGUGACUGUGUGCCUCAACGCUCCCAACGGCUCCAGAUAACAACAUCCAGCUUCUUAAAUAAUCUGGAAAAGGGAGUGAAUAUAUCACUUAACACCUCCCGCCCCUUACACACUGCAUCUCAACAACUUCCCGCCUCAGCGGGUAAUUUAUCCUCCACGAGGGGGGGGAACCAUAAACAUCAGUCCCUCUCUGCUGCAGCCGCCCAGCUGCACUCCCAUUCGCAGUAUCUCCCUUAAACGCCACUUAGAUCCGGCGGAGGAGCUCUGAGAGGAGCAGGUCAGGCACUCAGUCACCACCCAGGGGCUUCUGGGUACUCGGUCACCGUUGACUUGCGGCAGCGAUGAUAAAGAGGUAAUGUUUUUUGCUGUCGACGGUGGGAUGGAUCCGCCCGGGCCGCUCCGAGGACGAGCCGCGGCGCCGACGCUCAGCGUCGCGGAUCCAAGUCAGACGCCGAUAUCAAGUCUCGUGAUCGAUUAGCGCACAUAAAUUCCGCACGCACGUAAGUGGGAAAGACAAGUCGGCUCCCCCUGCCGACGGCGCAGCUCGAGCGUCGGCGCUCUCGGGGGUUCGUGCAUGUGUGCAUGCGCGUGGUUUCUGCUCGCGCGUGCGUGCGUGCGUGGCUUCGGACGUUUGGAGGAGAACGAAAGGUCGAGAAAGACCACUUCCAGAGACUCACAGACGGUUUGCCGGCCUUGCUGCAUGGUGUGGAUGCUGCACGCGCCGUCCCCUCAGCAAGUCCCGCGCGUCUCACAGACCAGGCGACUAGGUGGAUCUGACGGAUGCUCGACGGUUGGUAUGUAGGCAGUCGCCACGGUAAACUGCAGCACAAAUCCAAAGCUGCCGUCUUGUCAGCCAGGAGGAUUACAUGGCGCUGUAAUAAUCAGCUUAAUGGAAUAUAUCUGAAUGAAAAGGAAAAAAUGGGAAAUAGAGGUUAAUUAUAGGUUAAUCAGCAGGCUAUUAACAUAUCAUUACUGCAACACAUUUCCUAUUAGGGAUAAUUACAUUUCCAUGUACAUGCUCAUAUUGGAUAUAUAUUUUACAUAAUUACAAGAUCAACAUUUAAAUUAGAUGUUUAGUUAUGCUUAUUUUUAGUACUUUGGCAGAUUUUUCCAAAGUGAGCAUUGAGCAUCAGUACAGCUUCCAGGCAUUAGAAACAAAUAUUCUGCGCGCUUCUUUCCCAUCAAGGAAGCGUAUCAUCACCUGAUUGGUUAGGAAGUAUGGACAUUGUUCCAUGCUCAUCUUCACCCUGGAGACAUUUGCAUACAUUUGCACAUUACUGGGUAAUAUUCAACGUUUUAUUCAACAAAUCCACACAAAAAGACCAAAGCUUGCAAUGAAACGAACAUACUGCAACAACACCAGUAAGCCACACGGAUCCACCGGCUACUGUGUUCUUUCAUUGCAAUGGAAUUACAAUGAAUAGAGGCAAUGUUUUAAUCCAAUCCUUUAAACACCAUUCUGUUGUAUUACUCAUUAGUGUAUUCAAAUAUUUAUAAAAACGUAUAGUGUUAAAGGAAAUCUCUAUUUGUUGAAGUAUAUUUGCAAUCAAUAGCGUCUUCAAUGGGAAUGAAUGAAACAAACUGGGUCGGUAAGUCAGAGCAUUGUGAGUAUUUUGGUAUUUUGGUGGGAUUUGUUAAAAAUAAGAGGUACGCAGAAUAUCACCAACUUUACCCUUAAAUUAAAAAUCAAACAAAGCUCUCUGUAUUAGAGCAUAUUGACUGGCACUGCUGUCAAUAUAAACCACGUCCUAAACAGCUCCCGAGCGACCCAAAGACACGACGAAGACAUUUGACCCGAUCCCUCCUCCUGCUGUACACUCGCU